AUGGGCGAUUCUCCUGCAAUCAUACUCGUCCAUCCCACCGAAGAGGAAAAGCUCAUUCAGUUCAACCUCAACGGCGCGGAAUGGCGGGGCGCGCUAUCCUUAGAAGCCUACCUACGCCGCGAGACUGUACUCUCGCAGCAAACUCUCACAAAAGACGGCGGUAUCACCUACUGGAUCCUCAUCGAUACCUCAUUACCCCACCAGUUGGGUCGACCAAAGUUGCCGCUAGCGAGCUGCGAGACGUAUCGGAAGAAGGCGUUGGUGUGGCAGGACGGAAAACUGCAAGAGGUCAUCUGCCAUGGGAUUGGAAGUGUAUUCUGCGCGAGCCACUUGAGGAGAAGAGGGUAUGCGCAAAGGCUGAUGACAGAGUUGGGGAAGGCGUUGAGGACGUAUCAGACGGACGAGAAGACUCAAUCUCUGUUCUCCGUGCUGUACUCUGAUAUAGGCAAGAAAUUUUACAAGGAUUUUGGCUGGGAGCCAUUUGACUCUUCACACGUCGCGCUCAACGCGGGCACGUCUGCGGAUGCGAGCUCUCUACCCGCUGCUCGGCCAUUGUACGCCGAAGACCUUGAAGAGCUUUGCGAGAUCGACGUAGCUUCUGUAAGACGAAACCUUGAGUCGCGACCAAAGGGCAGCAAGACCGCAGUAGCGCUUCUGCCUGACAUCGAGACAAUCCGGUGGCAUCACGCGCGGGAGAAUUUCGUUGGCAUGGAGCUCCAUCGCAAGGCGCCCAAUAUCAAGGGUGCUAUCGUAGGAACUGAAAAAGGAAAGCGAGUGUGGUGCUACUGGACUCGGAUGUGGUAUAACCAGAACCCUGCUGAGGCCAAAGGGAAUACGAUGCACAUUCUGCGACUGGUCAUCGAGGACGGCGUUUGGGGGGACACCGCUGCUAGCAACGUCAAUGGAAACUCGGUGGACCACAGCCACGAUGCUGCUAUUGCGGCCUUGUUGGUGGUGGCACAACGUGAGGCAGAGGAGUGGAAGAUGGAGCAUGUAGAGAUGUGGGCGCCCACGCCGGCCGCGCUGGCAGCUGCCCAGAGGCUGGAUCCGAGUGCAAAGGUAGUCGCUCGGGAUACUGAGAGCAUUGCGAGUCUGCAGUGGUUCCCGGAACACGAUGGGCCGGUCGCUGAUAAGAUUGACUGGAUUGGCAACGAGAAGUACGGGUGGUGUUGA